UUCUGUGUUUUGCUCUCUACGUUUAUUUUGGCCUUCUUUCCUGGCCAAUGAUUUCAUUUCAUGCAUUUCGCUUUGCGGCAAUGGCGAUGCUUAUUAGUUGCAAUUUGCCAGCUGUGGCCAAAGUUUGCUCGUGCCGAAAGCCAAACUAAACCAAAUAAAUUUAAUAAUUGCUGUCCUGAGAAGUUGAUAGGAUGGGUAAAAAUAAAGGCGGUGGCGGCGGAGGAGGAGGUGGUGGAGGGGGUGGGGGUGGAGGAGGCGGCGGUGGCGGUGGCAAUAAAAAGGGCGGUGGUGGAGGAGGUGGAGCCGGCGGUGGAGCCGGAAAUAAAAACAAAGGCGGCGACGGCGACAAAGGUGGAGCCAAGAAAGGACAGGACCAAAAGGCAGCCGCAGGCGGUGGCAAGAAAGGAGGCAAGAAAUAG